AUGAUAACAGUUAGAGUGGUCAUAGCCUUAGCAGUAGCACACAACUGGAAUUUGCAUCAGAUGGAUGUAUACAAUGCAUUUCUUCAAGGUGACCUCACUGAAGAAGUGUACAUGUGCAUGCCUCAAGGAUUUCACAGCCAGGGGGAAAAAGCAUCAAGAUCAAGAGAAGGAAUACUGAUGAAUCAAAGAAAGUUUGCAAUGAAAUUGAUCACUGACCUUGGAUUGGCAGGAUCAAAGCCAGUGGCCACCAUAAUGGAAUGCAAUCAAAGAUUCAUCACUGUGGAAUAUGAUCAAUACUUGAAUUUGAAAGAAGAUGAGAAGCUUCUAGAUGCAGGACCACACCAGAGACUAGUUGGGAAGCUGUUGUACCUCACCAUGGCAAGGCUAGACAUUUGUUAUGUAGUGCAUGUGCUAAGUCAGUUCAUGCAUUUCCCAAAGAAGUCACACAUGGAGGCUUCAGUAACACUUGUGAGAUACAUAAAAGGGGCUUUAGGCCUGGGUUUGCUAAUGAGCUCAUAG